AAUCAAGAAAGAUUUCAAAGCCUUCUUAAAGGCAUGCCCUGACGCGAUAGCCAACUUCAGCAAUUUCCCCCACCUAAAAUGGCAUUUCAUUCCUGCAGGUGCUCCUCAUAUGGGAGGCUUGUGGGAGGCAGGUGUGAAAAGUUUUAAAAGUCAUUUCAAAAAAUUGACAGGAUCCAUGAAGUACACCUUCGAGGAACUUACUACGCUGUUAACUCGAAUAGAAGCCUGUCUAAACUCUCGGCCCAUCAGUUCUAUGACGGAUGACAUCAAUGACUUGACCCCGUUAACACCUGGCCAUUUUCUGGUCGGUGCUCCCCUGCUAGCACCGGCAGAACCAGAAAUCACUGAAAACCCAUUAUCAUUAGUAAAUCGAUGGCAAAAAUUAAAGGCCCUAAGUCAACACUUCUGUCAGAGAUGGAAGACCGAAUACUUAAAGGAACUUCAAAAACGAAAGAAAUGGAAACAUUCCCAACAGAACGCCCAAGUCAACGACCUAGUGGUAGUUCGUGACGAAAAUUUACCUCCAAAUGAAUGGAGAUUGGGCAGGAUAAUCAAAGUGCAUCCAGGGUUGGACCAACGAGUUCGGGUGGUAGACAUCCAAACUCAACGUGGCUUAAUUUCUAGGCCUAUAACAAAGAUUAUAAUUUUACCCAAACAAUGUUAAUAUUCUCACGUUAAUAAUCUUUCUUCUCGUUUAGAAAAUUAUUGAAAAUGACGACAAUCAACUGCCCCCUGUGCGUAGAAAGCCAUCUACUUCGCUGGUGCCCAAGGUUCCGGCAGAUGUCCCCAGAAGCUAGGCUGAGGACGACAUUAAUCAACCGCUAUUGCAGCAACUGCCUCGCGUCGAGCCAUUCGAAGAUGGAAUGCGACAGCGUAAUACGCUGCAAACGUUGUGGCAACCCACACCACACGAUGCUUCAUGGCAUCAGUUCAGACGCCGAAGAAGAAGACGACGAUAUCAUUGAAUUGACAUGGGCACAGCAGGUCGAGGCAGCGGAAAUGGAGGAGAACUCAUUGGCAAUCGGCCCGACGUAUUCGGAGCCCCAUCAACCACAUCAACCGACGUCAACAGUUAAACAGCCGCAAAGCUCUGACCGACGUUGCCUCUCCCGCAUACCACACGCCCAAGAUCGAGCCAGACUCGAGUCGUCUCGCCGACUUCGGCGUGCCGGUAACUUCCUUUCGGAUUGGCGGCGUGGCAACGAUCGACUGAGACUCGAUUCGUCUCAGCGACAUUGUCGGGACCGAGCGGAACUCAAUUCGUUCCGCCGGCCACCCCAUCCGAAGCGAAGGCGUGGACGAGACACUCGUCGUCAAGCCGAUGCACGACGUAUUAUCAAAGACAGGCACGCAACACAACCUUGGCAACAAAGACUUGCGCUUUCACCAACCGCCUUAAUCUGUGUUCGAACCGCAACGAGGUUCGUAACAGUGCGGGCCAUUAUCAGUCCAGUCAGUCCAGCCACGGUUAUCCUCGCCUCCACGGUGGCACGAUUGCAACUGCAUACGCAUGCACGUGGAGACAGCCGAGUGUGCGAAUUAAUGUUUCGGGACAACCAGGGUGGAGAAACAGAAAUCUCCGUGAGUGCCCAAAUACAACGUCGCCCGUUACCACCAACGCCAGUAAGGUCUCUGGAAGACAAUUUAUUUCAACAAUUUCGCAACUUAAGACUGGCAGAUAAUGAGUUCCACAGAGCAGCGCCAGUAGAAAUAAUCUUGGGAGCGGACGUGUACUCCCGGCUCAUAUUGCCCGGGUUACAACCGGCGUCAAUGGGCCAACUCAUCGCCCAAAAUACGACACUGGGAUACAUAAUAUCCGGUGUCGUAUAACAUCGGCACAAUAAAGUGCACUGGCUGCCAACGCCUCUCACAUUCACCACCUACCCAGGAUCGAGUUAGACUCGAGUCGUCUCGCCGACCUCGGAAGGUGGUGACUUCUAUGCAGAAUGGCGGCAUGGCAAUGACCGACUGAGGUUCGAUUCAUCUCAGCGGCAUUUCCCGGACCGAACCAGACUCGAUUCGUCUCGUCGGCCACCCCAUCUGCAAAGAAGACGUGGAAAAGGAAGUGCAGGAGCCAGUUAGUUAAGUUAGUUUUAAGUAAUUUAUUGUAAACUGCAUUUGCAGUAAUACUGCAAGGCGGGGAGAAUGUUGACGCCGCCCCGCCCAAUUUCUUUUGCCACGUCUGUAUCGGCAGAUUAAUCUUUUCUUUUUCUCUUUUUCGAACUUUUUUCGAAGUAUUAAUUCGCGCGCAACUAAACACUUACUAAAAGUUGCGCGCUCUCUCUCCUUUUGCGACAACGCUGCGAUACAGACGUAGGUAAGUGUGGUUCUAAUUUGUUUAUAAUUAAAUAUAAGUAUUAUAUGAAACUUUUUGGUUUUUUAUUUAAUACUCCUGUGGAAUCAUUUGCGCCGACCGUUUCUCCACGGCCAACCACAUUUUGGAACGAGCGAGCACCGUGCUCCACCACCCGAAUUAUCAGUAUAUAUAUAUAUAUAUUUUUGUUAGGGCAGAAACUUUUUGUUCUUUUAUUUGCGCCCACCACUGUACCGCAUAACUAAUUCACCUCGUGCACUUGUAACUUUUUAUAUUCUUUAGUUAUUUCUCACUUUACACUAUGUCUACGUAUUCGCACACACUCCACAAUACUUCCCUUUUUUUUUUUUUUUUUGAUUUUUACACUGAGUUAAGUAUACGGGUAAGUAUUUCAGCACUGCACUUUACACUGUAUGUAUGUAUGUAAAUAUGUAUAUUAUUUUUUACAGAUUUCCACUCGUCACGUAUGUAUAUAUGUAUUCUUUUUUACAGGUUUCACUGCACGCAAAUCGUAUAUCUCUAUAUGUACGUAUACUUGCACAUAUAUACGUAUAAUUGGAUUUUUAACCCUUUUUAUAAUAUUUUUUUUUUUGUGUUAUUUUUUGUUUUAUAAUUCGUUCCUUAUUUAGGUAUCACUAUCACUGCACAGCUCAGUCACUUCCACUGUUAUUGUAUUUUAUUGUCUUUUACUUUAUUUUAUUACUUUAGUUGUUGUUUUUUCUUUUUUAGGUUUAAUUUGUUUAAUUUGUUUUUUCGCACUUUACUUCCGAAGACCGAACACCGAAAAGAAUUGACAGGCAAUUAGCACGAAAUUAGUUGAUAAACGAAAACGAAAGAAUUAAAUGUAUACUAAGUUCAAGCACUUAGUCCCUGCUCGGGCGCCAUGAAAAUUCUCAAGCGUUUUUGAGAAGCGAAAAUAUACACUGGGAAUGCGCGAAUAAAAUUAAUAAGUCUAAUUGCCUGUCACGAUAAAAAUGAAAACGCGUGUGUACGAUUCGAUGGUUCAAUUACAAUAGAAUCUUUAUUUAAUUUCAUUUAGUUGCUUAGCCUAAAUCUUAAACUAACGGCUUAAACUAGUGGUAAUGUUCAUAUGUAUAAAAAAGGGGUAAAUAUAAUUAUCUUCCACUUUUCGUUCAAUAUUGUAAUAGAUUAUGGUAAGUAUUAAGGUAAGUAGUAGAUUAGUAGUAUGAAUGCAUAAUUAAGGUAAGUAUACAAUAAUUUAAAUAAUUCAAUAUUUUAUAAUUUUUUAUAAUUCAUUUUCUUAAUUUUAAUUUCAGGUUUAAAUAUACAUAUAUAUCUUGUCGCUUGACGCAACACGGACCACUAUAACAUAUAGCUGCCUUAUAAACUGAACGAUCGGAAUCAAGUUCUUGUAUGGAAAACUUUCUUAUUUGACAAUGUAUCUUCACAAAACUUGGCAGAACUUGGAAGAAUUAUGUAAUAUAUUAAGAAAUUGUUCAGAUCAGCUUCCUAUAGCAUAUAGCUGCCAUACAAACUGAACUAUCGGAAUCAAGUUCUUGUAUAGAAAACUUUUGCAUUUGACAAGAUCUAUUCACGAAAUUUGUUAUGCAUUAUUUUCUAAAGCAACAAUGUAAUCUCCGAAUAAAUUGUUCACAUCGGCUAACUAUAGCAUAUAGCUCCCAUAUUAACUGAAUCAACGGAAUCAAAUUCUUGCAUGGGAAAAUUCCUCAUUUAACGAUGUGUCUUCACGAAAUUUGUUAUGAGUUAUUGUUUAUAGAAAUAAUGUAAUAUCGAAAGAAAUUGUUCAAAUCGGCUCACUAUAGUAUAUAGCUACCAUACAAACUGCACACAUAGUUACUAAAAAAAAAUACAUCUGUGAAGGCCGAAGUUAACGUUUUUUCUUGUUUUCAAGAUAUCAUCUGUUGCAUCCAAUUCAUCAUUUAUUUUAUUAUUUGUAGGACUUAAAUUCUUUGUUUUUAGGUUCUGAUUUUCGGCUUUGAGUAAUGUGUUCUCUUUCUUUCAUAAUUAAUAAAUUUAUUUGCCGUAGUUUCUGGGUUUUCGGAUAUUUGGCCACCACGAGAUGGGGGCGUUUCGCUUUUCAUAAUGAGCCAAUAUUUAGUAAAAAUAACUAUGGGGCAACUAUUAGAUAAAACAUUUACCAAUUUCGGUGUAUACUUUUACGCUGAUCCAAUACAAGUAAAAACUUAACUAUAAAUAACGCAAAUACAUUUGAUUCUUCUAUUAGAUAAAUAAAGCUUAUACUAGGGAGUGACUUUUCUGAUUUCUUUUUGCUGGGCAAAGGCCAAUAAGAAAAAAUGAAAACAGGUUGCCUUACAUCCGCUGAGAAACUUUUAGCAGGUGCAACAGCACUUCAACUUCCAGGCAAUUUCCGAGUAAAAACAAGGUUUUUAAUUUAAUUGUUGUAAAUAUCUAAAAUUUUGAAUUUAUUGAAUAUUAUUCUAUCACACUUUAAUUCUCUUCAUUUCGCUCCAGAGUUGCCAAGAAAAUAAUUGCGAGAAAUGCAGAAAAUAGCUAUAGAUUUCUUCUAUCCCUAUAGUUUUUUUGCUAUGAGGAUUUUUGUUAAAAAAAACAGCGAUAGAUAUAUUAUUGUUAUAUUAUUUUAUUAACCAAAGAGUACGUUAAAAUGUUACUGUUGACACUUUUCGGCGAUAUUUUGUUUUUGGAGUAUUCCUUAACAAUGUCCAGCAGUAAUUGGCAAGCAAACUGGCACUUCACUUGUCUUGGUACCGUUUCUCCAUAGCAGAAACGUCUUGGUGGAACCGUUCCCCAUGUUCGUCACUUACGGCCCCUAAAUUUUCGGGGAAAAAUCCAGAUGACAGUCCAGAAACUGAAUUUUAAGGGACAUGUUGCAACCCAUUUUUUAUAAGCAGAAAGUAGUUUAGUCACAAGAUCUUCGUAAUUGUCAGCUUUCACAUUUUUAAGAAAAUUUUUAACAAUGCUUUUAAAGGCACUCCAGGCUCGUAUUUCAGUUUUAUUGAGCAUUUCCUCAAAUAUUCCAUCUUUCAUUAGUUGUCUUAUUUGCGUACCCAAAAAUAUGCCCUCCAUAAUUUUUGCUUCACUUACUCUUGGAAAUUUUUGUUUCAAAUACAAGAACUCUUCCAUUUCUGUCUAUUGCCUUGACAAAAUUCUUUACUAAACCCAAUUUUAUAUGCAAAGGUGGUAGUAAGAGCUUUUUGGGAUCAACUAGAGGUUAAUUGGUAACGUUAUUUUCUCCCAGAGUGAGUGCCUGACGUACUGGCCACUGCUCGGAGUGGUCAUGUAAAUUUGCUGAAUAGUCAGAAGUUACUCUAAGGUAAAUCAGGCGAAUGCGGUGGUUGCGGCACGAUAUUAAUUGAAAAUGUGGCGAAAUGAGAUGGUGCAUUAUCGCACUUCUUUGUUCAAUAAAUUCAGACAUACUAAACAUCCAAGAACUCACUUAUAGAGCCUCACAAAACGACGCGUAUCUCAAAUACUAAUGAAUAUUUUGAGGUGAAAUUUAGCACAGAUGUUCAACUUACAGACAAAAAAACGGUGCGUAGAGUCCCUACGCGCGGAAGAAGUUAUACUUCUUAGUGAUAUUCAGAAAUGCAUAUCAUUUUGUAUGAAAGAAAACUAGAAAACUUAAAUUCCCAUUUUAUAAAUUUAUUAUGCACAUAAAAUGAAGAAUAAAGCAAAGUCUAAAUGAAGGAAUUUUGACUCGGAAAGUAGUUCCGUCUCUUCGUUGCGGAAGAGAAUAUGCAGCGUAAUCAUCAGUGGCGUAGCUAGCAUAGGUGACACCCGGGGCGGAUUUUGAAGGUGUCACCCCAAAACUCAAUCAAAACUUUUAAAGUAAAAAAAUAAUCAUUUACAUUUUAUUAAAACACGAGUAUUACAAAUAUUAUAUUAGUAUAUUAUGAGAAAAAAUUAAAAUUUCUUCCUUCUAGCUUUGACACUUGCAAACUCCGAAAUCACGUCUUCAAAAUUUAUAUUUUGUGUUGCUUCAUGUUCUAUCGUUAAAAUACCAAGAUUGUUUAAUCUGGUUUUAGUCAUUGUAGACCGCAAGUAAUUAUACUCUCGCAACAAAGUUGCUAAAGAGAGUAUUAUAGUUUUGUUCACAUAACGGUUGUUUGUAAGUCCUAAAACUAAAAGAGUCAGAUAUAGGCUUAUAUAUACCAAAGUGAUCAGGGUGACGAGUAGAGUUGAAAUCCGGAUGUCUGUCCGUCCGUCCGUCCGUGCAAGCUGUAACUUGAGUAAAAAUUGAGAUAUCAUAAUGAAACUUGGUACACGUAUUUCUUGGCUCCAUAAGAAGGUUAAGUUCGAAGAUGGGCAAAAUCGGCCCACUGCCACGCCCACAAAAUGGCGGAAACCGAAAACUUAUAAAGUGUCAUAACUAAGCCAUAAAUAAACAUAUUAAAGUGAAAUUUGGCACAAAGGAUCGCAUUAGAGAGGGGCAUAUUUGGACAUAAUUUAUUUGGAAAAGUGGGCGUGGCCCCGCCCCCUACUAAGUUUUUUGUACAUAUCUCGGAAACUACUAUAGCUAUGUCAACCAAACUCUGUAGAGUUCUUUCCUUCAGGCAUUUUCAUAUACAGUUUAAAUAUGGAGGAAAUCGGAUAAAAUCCACGCCCACCUCCCAUACAAAGGUUAUGUUGAAAAUCACUAAAAGUGCGUUAACCGACUAACAAAAAACGUCAGAAACACGGAAUUUUACGGAAGAAAUGGCAGAAGGAAGCUGCACCCAGGCUUUUUUAAAAAUUGAAAAUGGGUGUGGCAUCGCCCACUUAUGGACCAAAAACCAUAUCUCAGGUACUACUCAACUGAUUUCAAUGAAAUUCGGUAUAUAAUAUUUCCUUAACACCCUGAUGACAUGUACGAAAUAUGGGUGAAAUCGGUUCGCAACCACGCCUUCUUCCAAUAUACGCUAUUUUGAAUUCCAUCUGAUGCCUUUCCUGUAUAAUAUAUACAUUCGGAACCAAUGAUGAUAGCGG